CAAUGGUGUCCAACACUGGGGCAGUGGCCGUUACUGGCACAGUUACCCUAGUAUAUGAAAGUUGAAACCGAUACCGAUAUCAGACGCUAUAGACGAAACCGCAAAUGUACUGGAAAGGGCAGCUAACCAUUUGCGCAAAAGAAGCCAGUCUUUGAGGAAAAAAAGAAAUCGGCACAGAAACGACCCCGGAAAAAAAAAACAUGGAAAACGACAUAUCGGUAUUGCUUAACCAAAGUGCAGAAUUGGACAGUAGUAAAGAGUUAGACGAGAUAUUAAGGAAUGUCGACCGCAAACGCAAACAAGAUUCCGAGUCGGAUGAUGACAUUUUUGAAUACCUAAGCAUAACGUAAACCCUGGUUUAGACGCAGCGUGUAAAGGCGGAAACAGACUGAUGUCAGGUCACGUGAUGGCACGUUCCAGCAUGCUCCCACACGUCACGUCACGAAAAUCUAGAACAUGGAAGCAAAUGUGCUUGAUCAGACUAUUGUUACCUCAUGCAAGUUACGGCACGUUACAUUCACAACGCGUGACCGAACAUCUGCAAAUUCAGAUAUUCGUGCUGUCGCGAGUUACUAAAAUGGAAGAAAAAUUGAUAGAGGCUGUCAGAAGGCGCUCAUAUUUGUUUGAUAUGGUGUCUCCUGACUACAGAGAUCACCGCGUGCGGCAGGAGGCGUGGGAGGAAAUAGGAAAAGAACUAAAUAUAUCAGAAGGAAGAGAGUCGAUUGAAGAUGAACCACGAAGCGGAAGCCCUUCAUCUGCAAGAACCGAUGAAAAUGUCGACAGAAUCCGGGAUCUUAUGCGUUCAGAUCGUCGAUUGACGGUCAGAAUGAUCGGGGAAGAGUUAAAUUUGACUCACACCACCGUUCAUCAAAUUUUGACCAAUGAAUUGGGGAUGAGAAAAAUCUGCGCAAAAAUGGUUCCAAAAAACUCUUCGCAAGACCAGAAGAACAUCAGAAAGGAAAGGUGCCCUGACUUUUUGGAUUCAAUUGAAAAUGACCCCCAUUUUCUGGAACGUGUCAUUACUGGUGACGAGUCUUGGGGUUUGAGUACGACCCAGAAACCAAGCGCCAGAGCAUGGAGCUCUUAGCAAGAAAGACAAUAUUACCAACGCCACAUCUUUCCGAGCGGCAACAGUCGCCAACGUCAUCUCCAGAAUUUCGCGCGCCUCCCACCUAUAGAGCU